AUGUUGAAGUUACUUAACGACCUCAAUAACUGUUUAAAAAGGCCAGAUUGGGCCAGUUCUAAAGAUAUCCUUGUUCUAAAUCAAAAAGAAAAUAUCAAAAGUGGACAACGCGAAGUAACAAGAAAAGAAGCCAAAAGUGUGCUGAACUCGCCACUUUCACCGACCCAGCAGCAAUAUAAUGUAACCUUGAUUAAUGUCCAUUUCUCUGUGGUUCUGCACGUUAAAUCCGUGUUAUGUAGAGAACAGUUACCUAUGCUUCCUUCUCCGGAACGGCAAAAGGGUCACAUGCCAGAGAUAUCCAGUUAUGAGCGUUGUGCUGCGUCAUCUCACCCUGACUGGUCCCCCCACGCAGGCGACGGCUUCACGUGCAUCACCUUCCAAUCAGUGGACGCCGCCUUCAUCGCCGCCAGGGACCGCCAUGGCCUCCCACGCCCUGGACGCAAGCCCAACUCCAACGACCUGUCCAACCUGGCCACGGUGCUGCUCGAGGCCACACGGAUCAUAGCGCAGGAGUACAACCUCCCGAAGGAUGUCCUUGUCAACGGCAUCCCACUCAUUGACAGCUUCAAGACCAUCGUGGGAUCCAUUUGCCCGGACUUCAUCAAGCCUUCAAGCUGUACUCCCAAACGUUACCGCGAGUAUGACGGCCGCUGCAACAACUUGGAGAACCCUGCUUGGGGAUCCAGCUUCUCCUCCUUCAAGCGCCGCCUUCCUCCCGACUACGCUGACGGCAUCGACGCUCCUCGGGUCGGGGCCGGGGGGUACCCACUCCCCUCGCCGAGAAUCGUCUCCGCCCACCUGCAUCGCGACGAAGGCCUCCACGACCACGCGGUGACCAUCAUGCUCGUGGCCUGGGGACAGGCGAUCGACCACGACCUCACGUUCACCGCGGAGACGAAGGGUCCGAGGUCGCAGAUCAACCAAAUCACAUCCUACAUCGACGCCAACUGGGUCUACGGCAGCAACGAGGACACAGCCAACCGCAUCCGUCUCCAUCGCGGAGGAUUGAUGAAGUCCCUGCCGGUGUUCCGCGAGUACGGCAUGAAGGACCUGCUGCCCCUGAAGCUGGAGGAACCCGAAGAAGGCUGCAUCAGGCCCAAUAACGACGUGUACUGCUUCGACGCCGGAGACAACAGGGUGAACGAGCAGCUGGUUCUGGCCGUCGUGCACACCAUGAUGAUGCGCGAACACAACCGCAUCGCCAUCGAGCUCUACCGCUACAACCCCCACUGGGACGACGAGACGCUUUUCCAGGAAUCCCGCAAGAUCGUGGCGGCCAGCAUCCAGCACAUCACCUACAACGAAUUCCUGCCCAUGGUUCUCGGUAAAGAGGUCAUGCACAAAUACGGACUCAUUCUCGAGAAGCACGGCUACUUCGACGGCUACGACCCCUCCAUCGACGCCUCUAUGUCCUCGAACUUCGUCACCGCCGCCUUCAGGUUCGGCCACUCCCUCCUGCCGUCCACCAUCGAGCGCUGGAGCCCCGCCCACAAAUACGUCGCAUCCCAGCGUCUGAGCUUCAUGUUGAGACAGCCCUACGACCUGUACAAGGGCGGAUGGUGCGACCAGUACAUCAUGGGACUCUGCAACCAGGUCGCACAAGCUAUGGACGACGCGGUCACUCAGGAGGUCAGUUCAACUAGAUGUGUGAGAGAUAAAAAGGAGAUGCACCCCGACGACAUCGACCUGUGGAGCGGAGGUGUGAGCGAGCGCCCUCUGCCCGGCUCCAUGGUUGGCCCGACGUUCAGCUGCCUCAUCGGCCUCACGUUCAAGGAGCUUCGCUACGGAGACCGCUUCUGGUACGAGAACCGCGGCGGAUACGAUUCCGACUUCACGCUGGAGCAACUUGAAGAGAUCCGUAAAGUGAAGCUGUCCAGGAUCAUUUGCGACAACAGCGACGACAUCAAGACCAUGCAGGUGUACGCGAUGGUGCUGCCCGACCACGAAAUAAACCCGCGCGUCCCAUGCAACUCCGGGAUCUUGCCCAGGAUGGACCUCAGCAAAUGGCGGGACCCCCACGGCCCCCACCCCCGCCCAGACACAGCCCCUCCUUCCGAGCAUAUCAUUCCUCUAACCAUUCCCGAAAACACCAGAGCCCAUUUUAAGUCCCCUGUCGGUUCCCCUUCGGGUGGCAAGUCCACCUCCUCUUUCUCUUCCUCCUCUUCCGAUCCCUUUCUUCCUCCUCAGCUGAGCCGCCCUCCUAUGCUUCCUCCUCCUCCCCCUCCUCACCUUCCCCCCCCUGGCCCCGCCCCUCAUGGUAAGCCCUCCGUCACCGUGAUCCAGGCGACGUCCGUGGGCCCUCUGCCCAUGUUCGGGCCGCCGAAGCCCUCCUCGGAAAUCCACUUCUUGGAGGCUCCCGUUCUCUCCCCGAAGCCCCACUCCUCCGACCCCCACCACGGCCCCCCACCCACCUCUUACGGACCCCCCGAUCUGCCUCCUCCUCCCCCCUCUCUUUCCUCCGGCCCUCCCAACCCCCACCCUCCCCCUUCCACGUCCUACGGAGCCCCCCCGCCACCUCGGCCCUCGACGUCCUACGGAGUUCCCUCAGGAGGACACCACCAUCUAGCACCCGCAUCGGGACCGACGGUGCACGUGGACUUCCACGCGCCUUUCGAGUACUGCGAAGGAGACUUCAAGCCCCUGCCGCCCUCGGGCAGCUACGGCCCUCCUCCUCAUCGACCCAGACCCUUCAGGAACCGACAGAGUCCUUUCAAGCAGUUCCUCGGUAUGAUGGGGAUCAAGGGCUAGGGUCGUCGUCCUGCCGAAGGGUCAGCUCAAGCGCACGAACGCCGCUCGUCUCGGGCGCAUUCAGGGCCGGGGACAGUGCCACUCGCACGCAAGAUGCUCUCUACUUGGGGUUCGAGGUUGACGUCGGCCGCUGUUCGCCGCGGUCGACGGGAGCCUCGGUGUGCUUGAGCAGGACCGGCGAGGGACAGAGAGGCGCCCUGAUGUAAAUUAUUUCAGAUGUAUAGAAGUUGACCAAAAAAGCGAAAAAUUGAAAAUUGUUUUUAUUCUUUGUUAAAUGUUGUGAUGUCAGUCUAACGCCGUCAAUAGCACGUACCAAUUUUAUGUAUCAAAUGUGUGUAUAUAGAUGUAUACAUAUGAAUACACACACACACACACACACACACAUACAUAUA